AUGGCCACGGCCCUCUCCCUCGGCGGUGCGGGCGCCGGCGCCGGCGGCCACCUCCUCCGCAGGCGCCCCGCCGCCUCCGCCGCGCGGUGCUGCGCCGUGCCCCGCAGCUCCCCGUCGCGCCGCCGGGCCCCGACGCGGCGCCUGGCCGCCUCGCGCGCGGACGACUCCUCGCCGGCGCCCUUCGAGAUGACGGUGGAGGGCGCGCUCAAGCUGCUCGGCGUCGCUGAGGGCGCCUCCUUCGACGAGAUCCUCCGCGCCAAGAAGGCCGUCGUCGCCUCCUGCAAGGACGACCCGGACGCCGUCGCCCAGGUCGAGGUCGCCUAUGAUAUGCUGCUAAUGCAGAGCUUAUCACGGCGGAGGGCUGGCAAGGUUGUCGAUAGCAGCGUCCGCUACGCUGAUGUGAAACCUGUCAAGACUGCAGGAACGGCGCCGCAAUGGAUGCAGUCAGCCAUGAAGAACGUGCCUCUGACAUUGGAGGCCCCGGCUUCGAGCAGCUUGGGCAUCCAGUCAUCCAUUUAUGGUGCACUGAUGGUUUUCACAUAUGCGAGUGGAACCUCCACGUCUUUGCCAUCAGCGUACACUAGCCCUGAUGUGCCUGGAUUUAUCCUAGCAACAGGAUUCGGUGCUUCAUUGUAUUUUCUGUCCAAGAAAAACAUGAACUUAGGUAAGGCGGCGCUGAUCACCGUCGGGGGCCUGGCAGUCGGUGCGACGGUCGGGUCCGGCGUGGAGAGCUGGCUGCAGGUUGACAUUGUGCCCUUCCUGGGCAUCCACUCCCCCGCGGUCGUCGUCACCGAGUUCAUUCUCUUCUCGCAAUUGCUGGUGUCGCUGUUCGUUAGGUAG